AAAAUUUCCCAUUUAUCAUUUAAUGAAUUUAAAUAAUUUUCAAUUUAUUAAGAAAAAUUCAAAUCGUUGCCAAAAUUUCAGCGCAAACAAUAGUUUUUUAAAUCUAGUCAUCAUCAUUCAUUCGGCUGUACAAAAUUUUCGUCAUCGACAAAUUAUACGUGAAACUUGGGGCCAUAUUGAUUCAAUUCAUUUCGAUCAUCAUCAUGGUCAUCGACAACAGAAAGCCAACAUUAUUUAUGUGUUCAUUUUAGGAGCUACAAAUUCCACUCGACUACAGAACCGUGUGAAUGAAGAAUCCAAUGUUUAUCAGGAUAUUGUUCAAGCAAAUUUUUUGGACCAUUAUCAAAAUCUUACUUAUAAACAUGUUGCCAGUCUUCGUUGGACCAUAGAAUUCUGUUAUAAUAUGGAUUUCAUCAUGAAACUUGAUGAUGAUGCUUAUCUAAAUUUAUAUACUGUGAUAGAAUCAUUAGUAAAUUAUAAAAAUCAUCUAAUUAAUGUUGAACAUACAUUACGUGCAAAAAAUCUACUUGCAUGUAGUCUAUUUCCAUCGAAUACCAAACCAAAACGUCGCGGCAAAUGGUCAUUAUCAUUGGAAUCAUAUCCAUAUGAAACAUUUCCAUCAUAUUGUUCAGGUGUUGGUUACUUAAUGACACCGGACAUAGCGUUUGAUCUUUAUGAAGCGGCACAAAACGCCCACUCAUUCAUACCAAUUAUCAGUAUUGAUGAUGUUUAUAUUACAGGAUUAUUGAUGGAAAUUUUAACACCGACAAUACAACCAGUGCCAUUGAAUUCAUUAUAUAUUUAUAAUGUACGACCACUUCGUAAAUGGUUACGAAAACCAGAUGAUCACAUAUGUCCAAAUCCAUAUUGGAUUGGUGAUAUUGGUACCAAACCAGAUUGGGAACAAUUGAUAAGAAAAUUGUGGCAAAAAACUGAAAUUGCAUGGCAAAAUUAUCGACAAAAUAAUUGUAAAAUAUGAGCUUAAAUUUUGAUGAUUGAAUAAAUAAAAUUUCAAUUUUAAAUAUUA